GAAAACGGUAUGUAGUGGAGACUGUCUGCGUUAUGAGAGUACAAAAUAGUAUGCUAAUUACAUUGUCCAAUCGGCCUGUAAUUGAUUUGUGAACGUGUCAAAAUGUGACGUGAAGAAUAGUAACCAACCCCAGACAGGAUGGAAAGAGCGGUUGGAGGCAAUAAAGGUCAAAAUGGACUGAAUAAAUGCAUAGACAACAAUGCACAAGCCCUUUCUCGUGGAAAACCAGUCUGGUGAGAGAGAGCGAGAUUUUACAUGCAGUUUUUAUGUGAUCUGCACAAAGAAGACAACAAUAAUAACAACAGAUGCGCGGUAAACAGUUGGCAGUAUGAGAAAAAUGGGAGACUGUGAGUGAGAAAGAGAGAGACGGAGGGAGAAAAAUCGAGCUGCUGCAGUAUCCCUACACUGCUGAGGCUUGGACUGCGUGACUGACUGGUGUGUUGCAAGAGAGAGAGAGAGAGAGAGAGAGAGAGAGAAGAAGGGAGGGGGAUGGGAAGGAUCUUGCCUGUAUGAGGAGCAAGCAGGCAGGCAGGCAGCAGCAUCAUCUCUUUUGUGGCGUGCUGCUGAGGGAACUGGCUGCCUAGAGCCGUGCAGGGCGCUCACUCCUCUUAGGCGCGCACAGCGCCACCGCCUCUCACGCACUGGCCACCGCAGGGACAGUGACAGCCUUCUUUACAGGCACAGUACUGCUUGUUGCAGCGGCACCAUGGCGCAAGCUGCUAAGCAGAUCCGCAAGAACAAGGACCUACAGGAGCUUGCAGCUCAAGAGCUGCGAGAGAAGGAGGAGGAGAAGAUCAAGAAAAGGAACAGAUCGAGAGACCGUAGACGCAAGGCUCAUGUGGUUCAGCGCUGGCUUGUGCAUCAGGACAGUAGUUUGAGUGGAGAGGGUUCGUCGGAGGCUCAAGGUGGAAAAUGGCACUUUGAUGGAAGAGCAGACACAUCAACCAGUUUCCUCCGUGCUGCACGCUCAGGUAAUCUGGAGAAGGCUCUGGACCAUAUCAAACAUAGAAUAGACAUCAACAUAGCCAAUCAGAAUGGGCUUAAUGGGUUGCAUUUGGCCUCCAAAGAAGGCCAUGUUAAGAUGGUGCUGGAGCUGCUGCACAAUGGAAUUGACUUGGAGACUACUACAAAGAAAGGGAAUACUGCCCUUCAUAUUGCUGCUCUGGCCGGUCAAGAGAAAGUGAUUGCUGAACUGGUCAAUUAUGGUGCCAACGUCAAUGCCCAGUCUCAGAAAGGCUUCAGUCCCCUGUACAUGGCAGCACAGGAGAACCACUUAGAAGUGGUAAAAUAUCUACUUGAACAUGGAGCCAAUCAGAGCCUUCCAACUGAGGAUGGCUUUACUCCUUUGGCGGUAGCUCUUCAGCAGGGUCACGAGAACGUGGUGGCCCUCCUGAUAAACUAUGGCACCAAGGGCAAAGUGCGUCUGCCGGCUCUGCACAUCGCGGCACGCAACGACGACACGCGCACUGCUGCCGUACUCCUGCAGAACGACCCAAACCCAGACGUCCUCAGCAAAACCGGCUUUACUCCUCUCCACAUCGCAGCCCAUUAUGAGAAUCUCAGUGUCGCACAGCUUUUGUUAAACAGAGGAGCCAACGUGAACUUCAUGCCGAAGAAUGGCAUCACUCCAUUACAUAUCGCUUCCAGGAGGGGGAAUGUGAUUAUGGUGCGGCUUCUGUUGGACAGAGGAGCUCAGAUAGAUGCCAAGACAAAGGAUGAGCUGACGCCACUGCAUUGUGCAGCCAGGAACGGUCAUGUACGUGUGGUGGAGAUCCUGCUAGACCAGGGUGCUCCCAUUCAGGCCAAGACCAAGAACGGUCUGUCUCCCAUCCACAUGGCAGCGCAGGGCGAUCACAUGGACUGCGUGAGGCAGCUGCUGCAAUACAACGCAGAGAUCGAUGACAUUACCCUCGACCACCUGACCCCGUUGCAUGUUGCAGCACACUGUGGGCACCACCGCAUGGUCAAGGUGCUGUUCGACAAAGGGGCAAAAGCUAAUGCCCGUGCAUUGAAUGGAUUCACUCCAUUGCACAUUGCCUGCAAGAAGAACCACAUGCGGUCCAUGGACCUUCUGCUGAAGCACUCAGCGUCUCUGGAGGCUGUGACUGAGUCGGGUCUGACCCCUCUUCAUGUGGCUGCGUUCAUGGGGCAUCUCAAUAUAGUGAAGAGUCUGCUUCAGAGAGGAGCUUCACCCAACGCAUCUAAUGUGAAAGUGGAGACCCCAUUGCAUAUGGCUGCCAGAGCGGGGCACUGUGAGGUGGCUCAGUUUCUGCUACAGAACAAUGCACAGGUGGAUGCCAAAGCGAAGGAUGAUCAAACCCCCUUGCACUGUGCCGCUCGAAUGGGACAUAAGGAGUUGGUGAAGCUGCUCUUGGAACAUAAGGCCAAUCCAGAUUCGACCACCACAGCAGGUCACACUCCUUUGCACAUCGCUGCCCGUGAGGGACACUCCCAAACCACACGCAUCCUGCUCGAUGGGAAUGCCCAACAAACCAAAAUGACCAAGAAAGGAUUUACUCCUCUACAUGUAGCAUGUAAAUACGGGAAAGUGGAUGUGGCAGAGCUGCUUUUGGAAAGAGGGGCCAAUCCCAAUGCAGCUGGAAAGAAUGGCUUGACCUCUUUGCACGUGGCCGUCCAUCACAACAACCUUGAUGUAGUCAAGCUGCUGGUCAGCAAGGGCGGCUCUCCGCACAUCACGGCGAGAAAUGGCUACACAGCCCUGCAUAUCGCAGCCAAGCAGAACCAACUGGAGGUGGCAAGCAGUCUGCUGCAGUAUGGAGCUAAUGCCAACUCAGAGUCACUACAGGGCAUCACCCCGCUUCACCUGGCGUCACAGGAGGGGCAACCUGAUAUGGUGGCGCUGCUCAUAUCCAAACAGGCCAAUGUUAACCUGGGCAACAAGAAUGGGCUGACACCUCUGCACCUGGUUGCUCAGGAAGGGCAUGUGGGCAUUGCAGACAUGCUGGUGAAGCAGGGGGCUUCAGUCUAUGCAGCCUCAAGGAUGGGCUACACACCCUUACAUGUGGCAUGUCACUAUGGGAACAUAAAGAUGGUGAAGUUCUUACUCCAGCAGCAAGCACAUGUUAACAGCAAGACAAGACUGGGAUACACUCCUUUACAUCAAGCAGCCCAGCAGGGCCAUACAGACAUCGUCACUCUACUGUUGAAACAUGAAGCCCUGCCCAAUGAGAUCACCACUAAUGGGACGUCACCUCUGGGCAUCGCUAAGCGGCUAGGGUACAUCUCUGUCAUUGAUGUGCUGAAACUGGUGACUGAGGAAUCCGUGUCUAUGAUCACCACCGAGAAGCAUCGCAUGAGUUUCCCAGAGACGGUGGAUGAAAUACUGGACGUGUCAGAAGAUGAAGGAGUUUCUCAGCUAACAUUAGGUGAUGAACUUCUCGGGAUGGAUGGGGCUCGCUAUUUGAAGCUGGAUGACCUGAAAGACCAAGAUGAUGAUUUUCUGUCCCCCAAGAAAACCCUGAGAGACUUUGAGAGCGUGAUGGGCACGACACCUUACUCGCCCGCAAUUCCCAGAAUUCCAUGCGUGUCACCUGAAACUGUCAUGUUGGACCAGCACACACCUGUCCCUUUGCCAAAGGAGUAUGACGAGGACUCUCUAAUCCCCAGUAGUCCAGCCACAGAGACCUCAGACAACGUUAGCCCAGUGGCCAGCCCCAUCCACACUGGGUUUCUGGUCAGCUUCAUGGUGGAUGCGAGAGGCGGGUCCAUGCGUGGCAGCAGGCAUAAUGGUCUGCGUGUGAUCAUCCCACCGCGCACCUGCGCAGCCCCCACACGCAUCACCUGCCGUCUGGUCAAACCGCAGAAACUCACCACCCCACCUCCUCUCGUGGAGGGAGAGGGACUUGCAUCUCGUAUUAUCUCCCUAGGGCCUUCCAGUAUGCAGUUUCUGGGGCCAGUGAUAGUGGAGAUCCCUCAUUUCGCAUCCUUGAGCCGAGGUGAUCGGGAACUAGUGGUUCUCCGAAGUGAGAAUGGCUCUGUAUGGAAAGAGCAUCGAAACCGCUAUGGUGAUGAUGUUCUAGAAACCAUCCUUAAUGGCAUGGAUGAAGAUCUGGAAAGUCAGGAGGAGCUGGAGAAGAAACGAAUCCGCCGCAUCAUCUCCACAGACUUCCCUCUCUACUUUGCUGUGGUGUCACGUGUCCAGCAGGAGAGCGAUCUUAUAGGUCCGGAGGGAGGUCAGCUGACAAGUAAGCUGGUACCCCAGGUCCAGGCCAUUUUCCCUGACACGGCGGUCACUAAGAGGGUCCGACUUGGCCUACAGGCCCAGCCAAUCCCGGAUGAGUUGCUGACUCGGCAGUUAGGAAACCAGGCCACAUUCAGUCCCGUUGUGACAGUGGAGCCUCGUCGACGCAAAUUCCACCGACCAAUUGGACUGCGUAUCCCUUUACCUCCAUCCUGGAGGGAGAGUCCACGCGAUGCCGGCGAAGGAGACACUACUAGCCUCCGCCUCCUCUGCAGUGUUAUUGGUGGCACUGCUCCCGCUCAGUGGGAGGACAUCACUGGCACUACCAAGCUCAUGUAUUCCCACAACUGUGCCAACUUCACCACCAAUGUGUCCGCAAGGUUCUGGCUGGCGGACUGUCCACGAACGGCGGAGGCCGUGACCUUCGCCAACCUGCUGUACCGUGAGCUGAUGUCAGUUCCGUACAUGGCUAAAUUUGUGGUAUUUGCUAAGAUGAACGAUGCCAGAGAGGGCCGUCUGCGCUGUUACUGCAUGACCGAUGACAAAAUAGACAAAACCCUUGAGCUGCACGAGAACUUCUCCGAAGUGGCCCGCAGCAGGGACAUUGAGGUGAUGGAGGGGAUGCCACUACACUUAGAAUGUUCCGGAAACCUGGUGCCCGUGAGGAAAGCCACCCAGCAGCCCCGUAGCUUCAGUUUCCAGGCCUUCAGAGACAACCGGCUACCUGUCUCCGUAAAGGUGAGAGACGCCAAUAAGGAAGCCACCGGGUUCCUGUCCUUCCUGCGCAAGUCCACCAAGUACGAGGACACGCAGCACGUGCUGUGCAACCUCAACAUCACCAUGCCUCCCUGCAUCAAGGUGGUGGGUAGCGACGAGCGGCGGAGAACGUUGACCCCUCUCGCCCUGAGGGAGAGGUACAGCGCCCUGAAUGAGCCUGGCCUGGCCACUGUGAAUGCCAUGGAGAGAACCAAGCUAAAGAUCACAGUAAUAGCAGAACAGCUGGGACUGAGCUGGACCGAGCUGGCGAGGGAGCUGCAGUUCAGUGUGGAUGACAUAAACCGGAUCAGAGUGGAGAAUCCCAACUCCCUCCUGGACCAGAGUUCAGCUCUGCUCAACCUGUGGGUCAGCCGAGAGGGCAAGAAGGCCAAGAUGGAGAACCUUCAUGGAGCUUUGAAGAACAUUGACCGGGCAGAUAUUGUGAAGUCUCUGGAGGCUCAGGCUCCACAGGUGCUUCCCGAGACGGCGGAGGAAGGAGCCUGCAGACUGGCGGAUUGUGACUCCGCUCUGCUUUCCCCGAGUGUCGUCAACGGUUACGGGCUGGUGCGGGAGGAGCUGCUCUCCCCCGCUUCUAUGCAGUACAGCCUGCCCUCUCCACUGGGCAUCGAGCCCUACUGGCAGGAGGUGUCGAGUCUGGAGUGUGCGCCCAUUGCCACCACUGAGGAGGACACCAUGAUGGAGAUGUCAGAUGUGCAGGUGUGGCCAGCGGGGGUCAGUCCGUCCCUGGUGACCGUUGAGGAUUCGUCCCUGGAUGGUAGUAGCCGUGCAGAUGACUCAGAGGCCAACACGUUGAGCCUGCCCUGCAGCAGUUUGGGGAGGCCCAGCAGCGGAGCAAGCGGGGCAAGUGGCUCCAUCAUGGAGCUGGAGGAGGAGGAGGAGGAGGAAGAGGAGAUAGAGGAAGACGACAUACAGCAUGAGUCGGUGUCGGCAAGCACAGAAAAAGCAUGGGCCAGCGGCGCCGUCCCAAAGGCCAACUACAAUGGACAAGCUGGAGGUCAGAGGUCGGAGGGCAAGAGGACAGAGGUGGCAGCGGCGGCGGGUGGCAGUUUGACGGGUGUAGCUAGAGGAGGAGGAAAGGGGGGAAAGGGGACAAGUUCAGAGGAAAAGUUUUCUGUUCUUACAGGGCAACAGCUCUACGCUCAGUUGUGCGAGAGAACUGGACUGACCAGAGCCCUUGAACACAAUGGGGACAGGCUCAGCGGCGGUGCCUUCCAGCCUUACUCACAGGAGAAAGACUCCCUCCACAGCUGGUCCCAACCCAAAACGAGGCAGACCAUGGAGGCCAUGAUGUCAUCAUCCCAGGACCACAAUCAGUCACGUGUAGCACAGGAGGCCCUGCUUACACCAGUAUGUGAUACAGGCCAUUCAGAGGUCCUGCGGGGGCGUCUGCUGGGCACUCAGCCCUUUGAUAAAGGGCUGGGCUUCUCCCAUCAGGAGGGGGAAUUACGUGCAUGGGACCAGGACAGACGGAAGGCACAGAAGGAUGAUCCAAUAGAUCUCACCAGUGAUCAUCUACAUGAAGAGCAGUUUACUGAUGAGCAUGGGAAUGUUGUGACCAAGUUGGGCAUGGAUGUGAAAAGGGAUGUCCAGACUGUGAAGCACUCCAGCCUGCGGCGAGUAAAGCACUGAAAUAAACACAAACUGUCCUGAAGGGUUGAACAUCCACUGCCAAACCAUCCUUCACCUACGCACGACUGGGAGACAGGAUGAGACAUGGAGCGAUGAGGGAAAAAAACAAAACAUGCAGCGAAAGAACAACACAUCGCGCCCAAAUCCUACAGUCAAGCAACCAUGGAGCACCACCGGAAAACAACAAGGAGAAGGAGUUCUCUUCCUGUAGUUUUGUAACAUUUUUAACAGAAGAAAAAAAUAAACAGGGCAUGAACUUUUUAUACAAAAUGUGAAAAAAAGUGCUUCCUGUCAACUGUAAAUGCAUGACUGACUGCUGCUGCAUGACCUAUGAGCUGUCAUUAUCUAAACAACUGAAGGGGUACAAGGUAAAGGGCCGUUCCAGGACUGGCAGCGGGGAGGGCAAAACCUUUGAACCUUUGAUCUUGAAAACGAGAGACUCUUGAAACAAAGGGUCUUGGGAACACAACAGCCCAAAAAAAGCAACAGUUCUUUAUUUUGUCAAACUGAUUGUCAUUACACAGCAGCAUAGUGGAUGCUAGGCCCGUCACAUCAUUUUCCACAGGCCCUUUAUCCUGUUAUUCAAUGUGAUAUAUGCACUCUAAUGCUACGUGAAUGUGCGUCGGUGUGUGUCGGUAUCUAACGCAUGUGUACUCGCUUCUAGCUUGGUACUGAGCUUUUUUUCUGGAUCGGUCAGAGCUCAUUUGGUGUUUGCCAUGGGAAUGACAACAAGCCACUGUGCUCUCCUGCU